AAAAAGACCCACAUAUAUUCCCACUAGUUGGAGAGAAAAGUCACAAGGUCCAGUACCAUAUAUAUAUAUAUAUAUAUACGCCGGAAACAUGCGACCAAGAGCAAGCGAAGCAGAGCCAGCAGAUCCCGAUCGUCCGAUCACAACUAAUGAACGAUUCAACUCGAUCACCCAAUUUUAAAAAAAUACCUUUUCUAUUUUUUCAUUUGUUGACUGUUAUUUUGGCAUUUCUUUCCCAAGUCCCGUUUAUGGGACACCUAUCUCAAUUUCAAUAUUCAUAUUCAAUUCAACCCUUGGCCUAUUUUACUUGUGCCAAACCUUGCACCUUUUCCGUCCUUUCGCUUUUCAACUACCACCACCACCACCCACCAACCACCCACCCAAUCAUCGUCUCUCUCUGUCUAUCCUCUCUUUUCUCUCUAUCUAUCCCUCUAUCUAUCUACACCCAAAGAUCUUCGCCAGUAGUGAUCUAACACAACCGUUCUAUCUUCACGUUCUACCUUUUUACCCAAAGUAUACCAGAGGGGUUGCUCAACCUCCCCCCCCUCUUUUUCCUCGAAAAAAAGGAUGACUUGUACCAUCCCGCCUCUCGGUCAGACUCGAUGCUGUACGUUCUCCUCCCUUCUUCCACUACCACCCG